AUGCUUUCGAGGUUCACAAGAUCCCUCUCUAUUAGCUGUUCAUGUUCAAAUCUAUUCAAGGUUGUGUUAGGAGCAGCUUUUGGUAUUACAGCAUUAAUCUGGACAACGGAAACCAUUCUACCCAGUUUAGUCCAGGUUACUUAUGCCGAAGAGGUUGAGAAAGCUGUGAAGAAGACUGCAAAGGAGAAGAUCAGUGGAGAGUUGAACGACGUAACUCCUCCACCAGAUGAACUUGUUAAACUUUAUGGAAAACUCUGGGAUAAAGCAGGGUUAAGUGAGGUAGAAUCUGAGUUUGUUGAAGUAUUUACAACUGAUCUUCUGGAUCCAGUUGUUAUAGGAACUACACAUUGCAGGGAAGGUGCAUCACUAGGGUUUCCCCGGUAUAUGAUGUGGACAACCCCAGAGGAAAUAGAUCUUAAUACCCUCAGGGUUAAACCGUGUUGGAAUUAUUUCUUUAAAGGAUUCAGAAUACCUGAAGAUGCAUCAGCGGAAGAUCUUGAAGAAUUGAAGAAGAAUUUACUUCUUACAAAUGAAGAGAGAGAAUUCAUAGUAACACUUGCUCUACGGAAAGCGAACUCCUACCAAUCUUGGUUCAGAAUACCAAUACCAGGUUUUAUGAUCUUGUUUAAUUACUCACUUGGUGCCAUUAUCAAUCAAAAACUAAACCUUUUCUCACAACCAAAAUAUAUGAGGCUAGGAAUACAGGCCCUGGUCUGGUAUAUAUGUAUGGUAGCCCUGAUUCUGCUUCACAAUCAUCUGAAGUUUAACGGGGAGAGAUUACCUCUUCCAGAUGUCAUCAGAACCUCGGGGGAGGCAGAGGCAGCUAUAGAAUACUUUAACAAACUUAUAAAUAGGAACAUGAUUUUGAGAAAGAUCCUUGGACCAGACUCCCACCACUACUUUCAGGAGGACGGGGAGAUAGUUCCCAGCUUCUACGAGCUAGGGGACCUCUUCACCAACCAGAAGAUGAUCCUUUUCAUCCAGGAUAUCAAAGAACGCCUUCUGAUCAUAGAAGCCAAGCGAAGAGAACUUGAAGAAAAUGCGGGAAAAUAAAAGGAUCGGAAAUCCGUGUUCACAGUCCAAGUGUACACUUCGCCUGACACACAUGUAAAAAAAGCGCGGUUAAAAUUUGAAUUGAUAAUUUCAGAA